UGCGCAGCAACAAAGCUGCGGGUUCUGCUCUGUCCAGCCUCCUGGUGGGUCGGGGCGGGAGAGGGCGGUGCCAGAGGUGAGGGUAUAAAAGGUGCAGUAGUGGGCGGCCCCCAGGCAGUCUGAGGGGAUCCUGAGGAGAUAAGUCGCGAGGAGAGAGGGGCCAUAGUCCAAAGACGAGCAUCAUGAGCUCAGGCACCCCGUACAUCGGCAGCAAGAUCAGUCUGAUCUCUAAGGCUCAGAUCCGCUAUGAAGGCAUCCUGUACACCAUCGAUACCGAGAACUCCACUGUGGCUCUAGCCAAAGUCCGCUCGUUUGGGACAGAAGAUCGUCCAACUGACCGGCCAGCUCCACCCCGGGAGGAAGUCUACGAGUAUAUUAUUUUCCGCGGCAGCGACAUUAAGGACAUCACUGUGUGUGAGCCCCCAAAAGCGUCUCAUGCUCUAUCACAGGACCCUGCUAUAGUCCAGUCUUCUCUGGGCUCUGCAGCUUCCUACCAGCCUUCAGUGCCUUACAGCCCAUUCAGAGGGAUGCCAACCUACAGCCAGCUUGCUGCCACUUCCCUCCUGAGCCAACAGUAUGCUGCCUCCCUUGGCCUCGAAAAGUUGGGGAGCCCUACGGCAUCUGCCGGGGCCUCCAGCUCCUGCUCUUCCCCUUCUCCUCAGCCUGUCGCCCCAGAACCAGAUGUCCUGGCAGAGCCACUGCAGUUGUCUCCAAAUGCUGGCUUUCCCUCCAUCCCAGUGAGGAAGAGCCCAAUGGUGGAACAAGCUGUGCAGACGGGCCCACUGGAGAAUCAGGCCCAGAAGAAGGUUCAGCAGGCGAAAGGGGCUCCUGUUGGUUUGAGGGGGGUUCGGCAAAGUGGCCCCCAAUCUCAGCCAGCACCCUUAAAUGUGCCACCUCCAGCUGCCCCAGUUCUGGGCACAGUAAAUGACGAGAACAGACGACCUCCCCGGCGGAGAUCAGGGAAUAGACGGACCAGAAAUCGGUCCCGUGGACAGAACAGACCGACUACCGUGAAAGAAAACGCCAUCAAAUUUGAAGGGGACUUUGACUUUGAAUCGGCCAAUGCUCAGUUCAACAGAGAGGAGCUGGAUAAGGAGUUUAAGGAUAAAUUAAACUUCAAAGAUGAUAAACCUGAAAAGGAAGGUGAAGAGAAGACUGAUUCUGGGGUGGAAACCCAGAAUAGUGAUGGAAACCCGGAGGAAGACCCUCUGGGUCCAAACACAUAUUAUGACCGGUCAAAGUCUUUCUUUGAUAAUAUCUCUUCUGAGAUGAAGUCCAGACGCACCACAUGGGCAGAGGAGAGGAAGCUGAAUACGGAGACCUUUGGGGUCUCUGGAAGGUUCCUCAGGGGGCGGAGCUUUCGUGGCGGAUUCAGAGGAGGAAGAGGCAGUGCAGCUCCUCGGAGGAACCAGACAACUCAGAGGGCCGGCACAGGGCGGGUGUGAUCAGUCACUUCUGGUACAAACAUGGACAUAAGGGAGUUAUAUAUAUUUGUUUUUCCUGCCUUCAGACUGACUGUCUUCCAUUUGUUUUGUUUUCUAUUUACCUCUUUAAAAGCAUUGUAGCAGUUCCUUGUUAAGCCAAUACCCCCCAUCCCCCUUGCUGGUCUGAUGAAGGGCCCUGUGAUGCUUCAGGUCUGCGUUUGGGGUCUUGGAACAGUGUAUGUAUAGGAGGUACUGAGCGGUGCCACAUUUACAGAGGAAAGGUCAUUGUCACAAGUCUGCCGAAAAAGGCAGAAGUUUCGAACCCCCAAAAGGAGGAGUCUCUCCUACCUCUUUAUUUUAAUGUUUGUUUUUUUCCCUCCCUCUCCCCUUUGUUAUUAGGGGGUUUUAAUGCUUUUUUUUUUUUUUUUUGGGGUUUGUUUAGCAUUUUGCUCACCCCCUAUUUAAUGUACCGUUUAUUUUCUGCCCUCCACUUUGUGUUGCUUUACAAUUGAGUGACAAAUGGCACUUUAAGGGUGGCGGGCAUUUGAUUCACAGUUCUCCCCAUGGCCUCUAAGCACUUUGUUUAAAAGAGAAUUUAACCGUAAUAAAAAACCCUACUCGCCCCUCCGUGCAGAUUCUGGCAUCUGCAUUUACGGCAGCCAUCUUCUUCUCCGGUAACCUUCAUGUCUUGACGGCAUUUUCGGUGCAUGGCCGUUGGCGUAAAUUUCUGGUCCCAAACCACUGCUCAUGCACCAAAAAAGUAAAAUUUCUGGAAAUCUUAAUGACUUUCGCCGAAAAUGACGUCAAGACACGGUUACCGAAGAAGAUGGCUGCUGCACGGAGGGGUGAGUAAGAAAUUAGGGGCAUUUGCCCAUGGGGGGCAGGUAGGCUGGAGGGAGGGGGGUCUACCCAGGGUAGGGGGAGGGUUUUUUUAUUACAGGUUGAAUUCUCCUUUAAACCAUAUAGCCCUGGAACACCUGAUUGGUUUGUUUGUUGACCUUUACAUUUUGCACUGCCGCAAGGAUCAUGCAGUCUGCUGUAGCCAAAUCCCUUUUGUACAGGAGCUUCUAGCCCACGACUGACUCCUGCAUGGCCACGGCCUCCAAUAGUUUGGUUGUUGCAGUUGAACUGUACUCACCCAGGUUUCUUUUUUUUACCCAAAUAAUACGUUUUAAGUUAUACAUAAAAUAAGUUAAUUUAAAAGCUUGACUUUAUUUUUGUAGAAGACUGGUGCUAAAUGAAAACCAGUAGCCCACUGAAUUGUGAUGGCGUAAUCUGCAAAUAAACCUACAAAUGUUUAAUACAAA